AUGUUCAACAACCGCUCCUCCAGCAGCGCCGCCAUCAAGCGCCUCACGAUAGAGUACCGCCAGCUGUCCACCGAUCCCAACUCGCUCUUCCCCGCCGUCGGACCCAUCUCCGAGGACAACUACCUCGAGUGGGAGGCGCUUGUUCCUGGUCCCGACGGGACGCCGUUCGAGGGCGGCGUCUUUUCCGCACGGCUCAGCUUCCCGGCGUCGUACCCGCUAGAGCCACCGACGAUGCGCUUUGACCCGCCCAUCUUCCACCCCAAUGUCUACGCCGAUGGCCUCGUCUGCAUCUCUAUCCUGCACGCGCCGGGCGACGAUCCCAACAUGUACGAGUCGUCCUCCGAGCGCUGGUCUCCGGUCCAGUCGAUCGAGAAGAUCCUCCUUUCGGUGCUUAGCAUGCUGGCGGAACCAAACGUCGAGAGCGGAGCCAACAUCGACGCAUGCAAGAUGUACAGGGACGACCGCGAAGGGUACGAGAAGAUCAUCAAGGACAGCGUCAAGGAGCAGCUCGGACUUUGA